CGGCAACUCUCGACGUCUGCAAUUAAAUUUUCUGUGUUUUUAGGAGGUUGGUACAGACAUGUAAAUGAUAGUAAAUGCAAUGCAAUUUACUUUACAUGCAAUUUCAUUGCUUGAGGAUUCGGAUAUUAAGUUUACGAAUAUUUUUGUUUUAAGAUAAAUGGUUGACCUGUAUAUCUGUUGCUGUAAAAGAAGUAAAAUGGCAUGUUCUGGUAACCACAAGCCAAGUAAACAGGCUCGGGCAAAGUUAGAUUCAUUUGUUGUGGCGUUAACCAAAAAAGGUAUCAAACUCUUGGCACUCGAUUUUGACAAGACUAUUAUUGACAUACACUCAGGAGGCAUGUGGAAUGAAGGCGUUGACAAGCUUGCAUCUCAUGUCAGACCUUGUAUGAGGGAUUUGAUGGAAGUUGCAUCACAUAAAGGCCUUUUUGUAGCAAUUGUUACAUUUCACAGACAGGAAUGGAUUAUAAAAGAAGUGCUCUUGAAAGUUCUGCCAAAAAAGUAAGAUCUUGGUUAUUACUAUAAGUAUAAUUCAGUUUGAGGAUUUAAAAUAUUUUUUAUUUAGGCUAUCCAGGCCAUGGCGUUUCCCAGGGCCAGCACCUUGGCUGCCAUGACCCAUCAUUAACCAACCAAUGAAAUUUUAAAUUAAAACAUUCCAUCUUCGAAUUAAGAAAAAGUUAACUCUUGUAACAACAAAAAGAAUAACAAAAGGGAGAGAAUCCUACACAGAUACACAUCAUGGUGCGGAUUGUGGAAAUUGACCAAAUUAUUCUAUAGUUAGUGUCUAUGUCUAUAUGGCUUUAAUAGAUACUAACAGUGUAUAGAUUUAAUGAUUGAAUGUCAAACUUUAAAUGCCUAUGAGUUACAAUAAUACUAUAAGCGUUAUUAUAGCAUGUGUGGGCAACCUGUGGCUAGCUACUUUGAUAUUCGUUUGUGCACCAAUCUCCGCAGACAGAAAAAUGAUGCAAAAACUUUUUUCAUUUUCAAGAUAUCGGUCUGGCUAUGCGUUGAUUUCGGAAAAUUUUAUACAUUUUAAAAUUUGUCUAAUUAAAAAUUGCUUUCCUCAUCAGUGAUGCAGUAUACAUUUUUUGUGUUCUGGUGAUUUUAAGGAAUUUAUGCCGUGAGGUUUUUUGUGUCAUGGACAGGAUUGUCAUAACGGAUUCGGUAAGCAUAGUCAUAGAUCACAUAGUGCCUAUAUACGUUUUGUUAGUUAUUCCUUUAAAAAAAAGUUUUAGUUCCAGGAAAUUUCAUCCAUUUUGGAGUUUAAACACAUUUAAGUUAUUAUAAUUGACAAAUUCAAAUAAAAGUUGUGCACUCUUUUAAGGAAUUGACUCUUAUCGCUGUCAGUUAUGAGGUGUUUCCUUAUUGUUGAAUCCCCAAAAAUUCAAAGAAGUUUAAAAUGAAUAGUUCUACAAAAUUUAAGAAAAGAUUAUAACCAAACUAGAGCAGUUUUUCGUAGAGACUAAGGGUUGCUAUUUUACUAUUUAGGUAUAAAAAAUUGUGUGUACCUAUUUUAUCCAUUCUUCAUUAGUGAAUCAUUAAUUAAUAGUUUAAUAAUAGUAAUAGCAAUAAUAAUAAUUGUUAUUAUCUCAUUAAUGACUACUCAAAUGGAGAAUGUUACUAAAAUUAGGCCUACUGGUACAUAUAAGUUAUAACAAUCAAUAACAGUUAUAAAAUCCUAAGCCUACUAAACUAAUACUAAUAUUAUUCUCUUACUACACCUGCACUUUCAGGCCUAAUUAAAGUUAUUAUUUUUAAAUUUCAUAAGGCAUUUAAUUAUAAAUUUUAAUUUCUUGUUAAGUAAAUGUAAUAUUCUAAUACAUGGCUUACUUACUGUGUCUUCACUUUUAGUCUUAGACUUAGACUUUGAGUCUAGUGCUAUCAUAUAGGCAUAGGCUCUCUGCUAAAUUAUAUAAUUAUGAUCAAAAUAAUUGUAAAAUCAUUUACAUAACAGUCUUUGAGGUAGUAUGUAAAUUAGCCUAUAAAAUGUUUAAUGAAAGACUUCAAAUAAAUGAAAAAACUCACCAUUGUCAUACUAAUUAUAUUUUUAUUAGGAAAUAGAAAAACAUUUUACAUAGACAAAUAUUUAAUGUUUCAAAUAACAUAAAAAAAAGAAAUGAUUUUUAAUAAAGAAACAUUUUUAAUAUUAAAAUAAACUAAGGAUUGUGCAGCUUCAGGAUUAUGAUUAGAUGUUAUUUCUAGGCUUCUUUCAGGUACAAGACAAUAUUUUCUAUUGCAGAACUUGGUGGAAUGAGGCACAUUUAGACAUAGAUGGCAAAGCAAAAUUUAUGAAAGCAUAAGAAAGCAGUCUACCAAGAAUAUGACAGGUAGAACAUACUCAUAACUCAAAACACAUUAUACCUGAGGUAGGCUCAUAUAAGUCUUAUGGGUAAUUUUAGUUAUUUAUAUUUACAAUUUCAUGCAUUCAAAUUUUUUUAUUUAAAUUUCUAGAAAUAUAAGAAUUGAUUUAAAUUGUAACUGAAACAUAUUAUCAAUUAAAAUAUAUUGAACAUGUAAUGUUUUUGUUUUGGCCUUUAUAUCUGGUAAUUUUUUUUUUCAAUUUUUCUGUUCAUGAUUUUUUUAACAUACCCUUAAAUAAAAUUAUCCAAAAUACAAAGUCUUAUUAUGUAAAAGUUUUCUUGUUCAUUGUGUUAUUUAUAGCAUUGAGAAUGUCUCCUGAGAAUUUAGUAACAUUUUAAAAAAAAUACAAGUAUUUGUGGGAAAAAUAAGGCAGAAAUGUGGAAAGUUGGUCACUAGUUUUUAUCAUUAAGUAAAAAAAUAAAUAAAAGGCUUUAAAAGUUUUAAAAAGUAACAAUCAUAACUCCAUUUCUAUAAAAGCUAGAAAGAUGAAAUUGGUGUUUUUGCAAAGCUUAUAGCUAGCUCUUUAAAAUGAUUUAAUAGGACAAUAAUUUAAAUUUCUGUCAAAGUAUCUACUAUGGUCUACAGACUACUUGUGGCUUGUUAAAACAUUUGGGGAAGAUCUUCUGGGAACUGGAUCAAUGUUUUCUUAAAAUGUACAAACUAUGAAUAAUUAUUUAUAAAACCCUUUAAGAAUUAAUCAUCAUAGUGUUAUAUGUAAAAUGGUCCAUCUGUUUUAAUAAUUAUGAUGGAAACAGACCUGUUUACUCUAAUGAUUUUGGCAUACAAUGUACGAUUUUUAGAUGUCUUUUACGAUUGUACGACAAGACCCGCCAAAACUACGAUUUUCAGAAAAGUAUUUGGGUAAUUUUCUGAUUUUAAAAAAAAUUAAAUAAUUUUGUUUGUUGGAGUUUGAGUCCUUUCUUAUUAAGAUCUGGCAGCGAAUGGACCGAGAAAAACGAUUGGUUGUAAUUUCUUUUUUAAAAGUUGGAACCAUCCUUCUUAUAUUAUGACUUGGUCAUAGCACAGAAACAGCACUGGUCCGAGUCAUGAGCGACCUCCUGCGCGCGAUGGACGAUGGCAAACUCUCUAUUCUCACUCUUUUAGAUCUCUCUGCUGCAUUUGAUACCAUUGACCACCAGAUUCUUCUUGACCGCCUUCAUCUUUCUUUCAGACUUACUGGCUCAGCUUUAAACUGGUUUCAAUCAUAUCUUUCCGACAGAACUCAAACAGUAUCUAUUUCCAACCGCUCUUCCAAACCUUCAGCCCUGUCUAUUGGAGUUCCUCAAGGAUCGGUCCUUGGGCCGGUCCUUUUCAUCCUCUACACUAAACCUCUAUCAUCUCUCAUUAGCCACCACUCAGUUUCCAGUCAAUCCUUUGCUGAUGACACUCAAAUCAGUGACUCUUGCUUUCCUGAUCAACUUGAUGCCACAAUCCUUCGCAUACAGGAGUGCGUGGACGAUGUAAAGCGUUGGAUGACUUGCAACAAACUGAAGCUAAAUGAUGAUAAAACGGAAAUCCUUCUCAUCCACUCUCAAAACAAACCUCUCCCUCCAUCCGCUCCUUCUUCUAUAUCUAUUGGCAACUCUGACAUCACACUCUCUUCCUCUGCCAGAAACCUUGGAGUCACGCUUACAGACACCCUCUCCAUGGACAAACAUGUCACGAAUAUAUGCAGAUCAGCAUAUAACGAAAUUAGAAAAAUCAGCACCAUUAGACACCUCCUCUCCUUUGAUGCCACAAAAACUCUCGUCUCUUCACUCAUUCUUUCAAAAUUUGACUACUGUAACACUCUUCUCGCAGGCAUUCCUCAACACCACAUAGACAAACUUCAGAAGGCACAGAACUCAGCAUGCAGACUCAUUUUUAAAUCAAAGAAACAUGACCACAUUCAACCACACAUGCGGCAACUCCACUGGCUUCCAAUAUCCUCUCGCAUCAAGUACAAGUCUGCCAAUCUAUGCUUCAACUCGUUCACUGACCCUCACUUUCCUGUCUAUCUCUCUGAACUGUUGCUUCCUUACAUCAUCCCCACAAGACAACUACGUUCUUCCAUUGACAGUAGAACCCUCUCAAUCCCAAGAACCAAAACUAAGACCAUCGGUGAACGCUCCUUCUACUUUCAUGGGCCCCCGUUCUGGAACCAGCUCCCCUUCCAUAUCCGUCAUUGUGAAACCUCGUCCACUUUUAAAAAGUCCCUUAAAACCCAUCUGUUUAGGUCCGCCUAUGACCUGUGAUGCACCCCCCUUGCCCUGCCUCAUUUUCUGUCUCGGGUUAAUCCUGUAAUAUAGGCCAAAACGUGCCAAAGUGUCCUUGUUUUAUAGCCAUUUUAAUUGUUUCUAUAGUAUAGUAGUUACUAUCCUAAUGUCUCAUUUUUAUUUUAGUUAGUUUACAUGUUUUUAAUAAUUGUAAAGCGCUUAGAGCUUUAAGGUAAGAGAGGUGAGGUAGGGGUUUUUGAAUAAGGAGAAUGCUUGGGUAAGGGGAUUUGUGGGGAUGUCAAAGUCUAUAAAAAUAACAACGUAUCUAUUGAGCUGGCUGCGUCAACUGUAAUAUUUAGACUAGUCGCCCUAGCGGCAACUUCACGCCCCCCCUCAUCUUCUUUGACUGCAUCUAAGAAUGUAAAGCAGUUUUGUUACAUAAUUAUUCUGUUUGUCUGAACUGGCUGAGUGGCAUCAAAAAUUAUUCCACUGCUUUAUUUUGAACUGAAUUUAGAGUGAGUUUUCAAAGCCCUUAUUCAACUAUGUGUAUUAAAAACAAGAAUAGAUUCCAAAAAAAAAUAUGUUUACAAUCAGUAUCAUGUGACAAGCUCAACCAAAAUUCAUUUCCAUGUGGCUCUCUGCACAUAAAAAGCUGCCCACACAUUAAUAAUAUAUAUGCUAAAUAUUUUAUAAUAAAGAAAAUGCUUUGGCUCACAGGCACGUGCAAUAAAAUACUCAUAAUCUGCUGACUUGCAUAUUGCAAUGGAAAAAAAGUACAUCACAAUUUAGCUGAUUGUUCUAUUUUUCAGGGUGGCAAAAAAGAUAUACAUCCAAGCAAAUACAAUUGAUUUCAUGCAAAAACAGCGGACGUCCAGUGUGGGUACCAGCGAACCUUGUAAUGCAGCUGUAAGCACCUCUGCAACUUCACCUUCUACAGUAGUUAGAGUUUUCAUGCCAGAACUCAAUGGUAAGCAAGCGCACAUUGAAGCUGUCAUUGCUGCCAUCCAUCGUGAUUACAACGUCACCCUAAAAAAGAAUGAAAUUAUUCUCAUGGAUGAUGAUAUUAAUAACGUCCGCAUAGCCAGCUGCCAUGGCCAUUAUGCAUUUCAAGUUCAGCAAAAUGUGGACUACAACUCAUUUGAAAGUUUUGAGACUAUGCUUCUUUUGUGACUUUACACAUCCCAUUUUUUCUCACAAUUGCUUUUUUUGGAAGAAUGCACUGUAUUAGAAUUUACCCUACCUCUUAUAAUUGGAUUAUCCAACUGACUCAUAUCAGUGCACAAUAAUAUGGGGCAAAUUGCAAUCAAGUUGUGAAAUAAUAAAAAAAUAAAGCACAUGAUAGGUUAAAACUUGAGAAAAGACCCAAGGGCACUACAAAACAGCCAAAAUAUUUUUCAGCAAAACAAGAAGAAAAAAAAAGCGAGGAAGAAAAUAAAAGUUAAGUUAUAGCUAGUAGGAAUCCACUGGCACUUAGUAAUUGAGACAAAUUACGUUUGUGCUGUUAUCAAAUUUCACCAACCCUGUGCUUCAUGUUUUAAUAUUAAAGUGUUUAUUAUUUUUGAAAAAAUAAAUAAUACAAGACCACGUUUAGUAAUUAAAUUUAACAAGGAAUUAAGUGCUAAUCUUUUGUCUUUUCCUUUUUAUGCUUUGAAAAAGAUCUUCAGAACAGUAUUUUGUAAAU